UAACCGUUCGAAAAAUAGCUUCCGCAGCUUCCAUUCUACCCAUUGACACUCGCUAUGUCUUUUGUGCGCGCAGCGACGAGGGCCGGCAGGCUCAGCGUGAAGGUCCCGACCUACCGAGCCACCCCCAUCGCAUGGCAGUCUCAGCGUGCCUUCUCCCAGUCCGUGGCCAGGUACAGCGAUGCGCAUGCUGAGGAGACAUUCGAGGAGUUCUCUGCCAGAUACGAGAAGGAGUUUGACAAGGUCAACGAUGUUUUCGAGCUCCAGCGUAAUCUGAACAACUGCUUCGCGUACGAUCUCGUCCCCUCUCCUUCGGUCAUCAUCGCCGCUCUCCGAGCCGCUCGCCGUGUCAAUGAUUUCCCCUCCGCUGUUCGCGUUUUUGAAGGCAUCAAAUUCAAGGUCGAGAACAAGAGCCAGUACGAGGAGUACCUCCAGGAGCUCGAGCCCAUCCGCGAGGAACUCGGUGUUCCCCUCAAGGAAUUCAUGUAUCCCGAAGAGAAAUAGAAAACCACCGCCCCAUCCUUCCCUUGAUUUCCCCAAUCUUCUCUGGCCAUACAUACCAUCAGUCUACUACCAGAAUUCCCUUUGCCAAAUCCGAUCAGACCCCGGAGUAACUAAGAAAGAAAUACAAAAAACAAGUUUUUCACAUCUCGUCAAAUCUACAUUGUUCAAACGGAAGAAGGUGGUAAAUUCACUAUCUGUAACGU